AUGGACGCGGUUUUGCCCAUCUUCUUCGAACUCCGAGAAGAGUCUCCGACCCUGAUUACAGACAGGUAUCCGCCAUUAACCCGCGAUGGAGCCUCACUGGUUUUGACAGCGUGCAUCAUGAUGGUGCUGACAACGCUAUGGACGAUCAUGAGGUUUAUUUCUCGUCGCAUAACGGGAAUAUCUUUUCAUAUGGAAGAUUACUUCUAUUUCUCUGGGCAGCUUCUCUACUACGGUGUUGCAACGUGCUUUAUUCUAGGAGUUAUCCUCGGCGGUGCUGGCCAUGACGUUAGCGUUCUGGAUCCGAACCUUCACAUUUCGCACUUCGUCAAAAUCUUUCUGGCAGCACAGGUUUUGUACGCUAGCGAGCUCUUGGCGAUCAAGCUCAGCAUUAUAACCUUAAUGCAACGCAUAUUUUCGCAGAGCAGCUCAUGGUUUCGUGCAACAAGUUGGGUUGCUGUUGGCCUGUCAUGCAUAUGGGCGCUCUAUACGGCCCUUCUUGGCUUCACUGGCUGCGGGGACUAUACCUUGGCUUUCAGUGCAGUUGCCAUCUUCGAUAUCAUCACCGACAUAGUCAUUGUGGUGCUUCCCAUCAAGGUUGUCAGUGGUUUGCAAAUGGCUAGAGCCCACAAAAUUGCUCUUUGUGUGGUAUUCGGAGCAGGCGUCCGCCUCUACUACACCCUUACCGCAGACUUCGUCAACAUCACUCGAGGCUUUGCUUCUGCAUCAAUAAGUGGAGUACUCCAAUCAGGCAUUGCUGUCAUGGUAGCUUCAAGCCCUAUGCUUCGCCCGGUGUUUGACCGAACUAUCGUGCGAUGGUUGAGUUUGUCCAUUCGCAGUACAUCGCAAGGACAUAUCGUCAAGAGUAGUAAAUCUAGUCAGCUCGGAAGCCAUCGUCGCGGGGAUGGCUUCAAGCAAAUGUCUGAUAGUGACGAGAAUCUCAGCUGGGAGAUGCAGGGGUUAGGUAAUAGGGCAAAUUGUAGGACCGGAAGAAUAUCACAGGCUCAAAUCUCUGCUGGAACAGUCUCGCAGCCUGCAAGUCCUAGAUCUCCGACUCCAGACAGUACUGGAAUAGCUAUUACGCGGACAGUAGCUGUGGAAAGACAUAAUGUGGGAAGAGGCAGCCUUAGCUAA